CAUCAGAGAGUUCACACAGGGGAGAAACCCUAUGAAUGUAAUGAUUGUGGGAAAACAUUCUCCCACAAGUCACACCUUAAUGCACACCAGAGGACUCACACAGGGGAGAAACCCUAUGAAUGUAAUGAAUGUGGGAAAACUUUCUCUGAUAAGUCAUAUGUUAGAGCACAUCAGAGAGUUCACACAGGGGAGAAACCCUAUGAAUGUAAUAUAUGUGGGAAACCAUUUGCCCUUAACUCAUCCCUUAGAGUGCAUCAGAGAAUUCACACAGGUGUGAAAUCCUUUGGAUGUAAUGAAUGUGGGAAAACCUUCUCCCAGAAGUCACACCUUAGUGCACACCAGAGGACUCACACAGGGGAGAAACCCUAUGAAUGUAAUGAAUGUGGGAAGACUUUCUCCCGGAAAUCACACCUCAAUACACACCAGAGGACUCACACAGGGGAGAAACCGUAUGAAUGUAAUGAAUGUGGGAAGACUUUCUCCCAGAAGUCAUACCUUAGUGCUCACCAGAGGACUCACACAGGGCAGAAACCCUAUGAAUGUAAUGAAUGUGGGAAAACUUUCUCCUGGAAGUCACAUCUUAGUGCACACCAGAGGACUCACACAGGAGAGAAACCCUUUGAAUGUAAUAUAUGUGGGAAACCAUUUGCCCUUAACUCAUCCCUUAGAGUGCAUCAGAGAAUUCACACAGGUGUGAAAUCCUAUGAAUGUAACGAAUGUGGGAAAACUUUCUCCCGGAGGUCACACCUUAGUGCUCACCAGAGGACUCACACAGGGCAGAAACCCUAUGAAUGUAAUGAAUGUGGGAAAACUUUCUCCCAGAAGUCACACCUUAGUGCACACCAGAGGACUCACACAGGGGAGAAACCCUUUGAAUGUAAUAUAUGUGGGAAACCAUUUGCCCUUAACUCAUCUCUUAGAGUGCAUCAGAGAAUUCACACAGGUGUGAAAUCCUGUGGAUGUAAUGAAUGUGGGAAAACUUUCUCCCGGAAGUCACACCUUAGUGCACACCAGAGGACUCACACAGGGGAGAAACCCUAUGAAUGUAAUGAAUGUGGGAAAGGUUUUGCCCAAAUUUCAACUCUCAGAGUACACCAGAGAAUUCACACAGGGGAGAAACCCUAUGAAUGUGGUGAGUGUGGGAAAAUUUUUGUUCAUAAAGCAGCUCUUAGAGUACAUCACAUCAGAAUGCAUACCAGAGAGAAACCCUAA